AUGCAGCUGCCGGGUGGACGCAACAUGAACCAGGUCAUCAGGGCGUACGAGACCAUGUUCCAGGUUCAGGCGCAGCAGCCGCCAAUACCAGUCCCCCACCUGAAGCGCAAGUCCAUCGACGAUCUGAAUGAGCCGAUGCCGAAGCGGCUCGCUAUCAGUCCCGUCGAGCAACCGCCCCCGACUCUCCAUGCGCCGCAACCACUGCCACCACCAUCCGCCGCGCCCUUCAACUUGCCGCGGAACAUCCAGCCCCGCCCCGCACCCAACGGUUAUCCGACGCUUGCACCCAUUGUUGCUAGUCCUCCCAUCGUGUCUCCGGCUGGUUCGGGCCGCAAACGCGGGCGGCCUUCCAAGGCAGACAAGGAGGCGCGCGCCAACGCGUCGUCUGGAUAUGUACCGGUUGCCCCGAUGCCCUCCCAAGCCUCCCAGCCGGCCUUCCAGGCUUCCCCUGCUCCGGCUCCAACAUCAGUGCCGUCUCCCCCAGAGCAGAACCCGGUAGCGCCCCCUCCGCUCCCGCCACCACCACCUGCCGGACAACCGCCUUAUCAGGCUACUGUGGGUUCUUAUGGGGCACCAAGAGGAGGAGCAGGAGGAGGCAGGGGAAGGUCGCCCGCGGCAGGCGCGUCGGUGGGGUCCGAGGAAGGUAGCAAGAGCGGUCUCGUGCGCUGGCGCCCGAUCACGUCUCCUUCGGACUACCCAGCCAUGGACAAAAGAGGAUCUCGCGCCGUCUCCGACUCGGCAGCGCAGAGGGCGCUCCCCCGGGAGGCCAAAAACGUCGAGCGUUCGGAGCGUUCGCCCUCUGUCAGCAACCUGAUUUCAGCGCCCGAGCCGGAAAUGGACUAUUCAACCGCGAGAGCUGCUGCUGCGUCGCGUUAUACGGCCGCGACCGGGCACAAGCUAUACGCCGUCUCUAGCGGCCCAGGGGGUGGUGGCGGUGGUGGCGGCGGUGGUGACGGCGGCCAGACCAAGCCGGCAGUCGAGCGUCUCAAGCACGAAAAUAAUGGGCAUAAUCUUAAUGCGCAUGCGCCGGUCAGCAAUCCGGCGUGA